ACAUUUCACCGGAAGUAAAUAAAGUGCAUUCCCGCGCAGUUGAAUCGGUUGAACAAGACCCCCACAUUCACGGGUAAUCUAACAAGAUGGAUGAGCUUUAUUUGGAUAAUAUUGACGAAUUUGUCAAUGACCACGACAAGAUAGUGACCUAUAAAUGGCUGAGUCUAACUCUUGGAGUCCAUGUCAACACAGCAAAACAAAUGCUCUACCAUUACCUGGAUCACAAGAGGAAGGAAAGUGCAGCUCAGCUCCAUGCCACCUAUCUUGUGUCGGGGAAGUUUGUGGACAAUGGCCAAACAAGCCACAAGGUGUCAGUUGUCAGAGAGGACCAACUGGAAGAUUUCAAAGCUAAAAUGAGCUUGAUAGUCAGUGUUCACAUCUACAGUGUCCAGAAAGCUUUACUGAAAGACAGCGGCCCCCUCUACAGCGUUGACUACGAUGCUGUGAAAGACAAUCUUAAGAACUGCAGCAAAUACAGUGCGAUACGCUGUAACAGUGCCGUGCCCAUGUCGUCUCUGGAGCUGCUGCAGUCGAGAGAAAUGCAACAGGCUCCCGCACCUGAGCCUGUAGUAAAAAAAACUGCCAUGAAUGGAGAGGCUAAUGCGGCUUCCAAACCAUCCACCAAGCCGCAAAAAGGCAUCAUGGGAAUGUUUGCAAAUAAAGCUGCUCCUAAGAACCAGGACGGCGGCAAAGAAGUUAAAUCGGAACAGAAGGAAGAUGCACCUGUGGUUGAUGCCCCUAAAAGCAAACCAGCUGCCAAAGCCAAUCCAAUGUUGAACUUCUUUGGGAGUCAAACAGCAAAGAAACCUGACAAAACUGUGAAGGAGGAAGAAGCAGCUCAGUCAUCCUGCACAGCAGAGCAGCAACAUCAGAGUUCACAACCUGAAGAAAAACAAGACACUGCUGCAAAGGAAUCGCCAAAAGACAUUAAGAAAGAUUGCAGGAGCAAAACCAAGCGAAUGGAAGAUUCUGACAGUGAGGAGGAAAAAAUGGAGAAGAAAAAGAGGCGAAGGAUUAAGAAACCUGAACCAGACAGCAGCGACGAAGAUGUCAUUCCAGAUUCUCCACAGCAGAAGGAAACAAGAGAAGCAUCACCAAGUCCUAAAAAGGAAGUUGAGUCUGUUUCACAUUCACAUCAGGAUUCCUCUGAAACGAAGACGAGGAAAAGGAGGCGGGUCCUAAAAUCUCGUACCUUUGUGGACGAUGAGGGAUGCAUUGUGACAGAAAAAGGCUAUGAGAGUGAAUCGUACUCUGAGGGAGAAGAUGAUUUUCAGGCCACCAAACAGGUUCUAAAGAAUCCCGUCCCAAAAUUACCAGCAAGAAACAAAGAAGACGAGAAGAAAAGUCAAAAGAAAACAUCUGCGAACGCAAAUAAAGGAACUAAACAAGCUUCCAUUAUGGGAUUUUUCCAAAAGAAAUAAUAGACACUAUCAGACACUUGGAUCGGCACUGAGGAACAACAAGCACUGUAACAGACUUUCUGUUGAUGAUCAUAACUGACUCUUGGCUGAAAUGUAUCAUAUGGACAGUUUAAGGGAAACAAAUUACUUUUCAAAAGUACUUCAACACAUGGACAUGUCCAGUUCAGGAUGACAAACAUUUUAAUUUUCUAAUGUAACUACCGGUUUAAAAUGUGAAUACGAGACCUACUUAAUAAACAUUGUUGGAAACUGAAACUAAACAAAA